GCGCGGAGCUUGUGACGUAAGUCAGCAACGGUUCCACCCGUGGACCGUAUCGAGUCCCCUUUUAUCUUUGAAGAUCCCCGGUGAAUACAAAAUUUGCAGAGUGUCAUAUCAGCUGUAGUGGUCGUUUAAAGAUCGAGUUUCUCGCGUCAUUUUUAUCUUGGCCUUUUGAUGAUAAGAAUUGUAUUUUAUCAACGAGAUAUCGUAAGCGUCCAUUCUCCACUUUUAGUCGGGAGGAAAUUCUAAAUUCGAGUUUCAAUGGAAAAAGAUAACGAGAAAAAAGUUGAACAAUUUAAACUUCUACCAAAAAUCAUCAAUGGCGGUAUCGCGGGUAUUAUUGGGGUCUCCGUGGUAUUCCCAUUGGACCUGGUUAAAACACGAUUACAAAAUCAGAUUGUUGGUCCAAAUGGCGAAAGGAUGUACAAAUCAAUGUUCGACUGUUUUAGAAAGACUUACAAAGCCGAGGGUUACUUCGGCAUGUACAAAGGGUCCGGUGUAAAUAUUCUGUUAAUCACACCAGAGAAAGCAAUUAAACUCACUGCCAACGACACUUUCCGUCAUUAUUUAUCUCCUGGACCGGGACAGAAACUGCCGUUAGAACGCGAAAUGCUUGCCGGUGGCCUAGCAGGUGCUUGUCAAAUUAUAGUCACAACCCCUAUGGAGCUACUUAAAAUCCAAAUGCAGGAUGCUGGACGAAUAGCAAUGGCAGCGAAAGAAGGAGGGCAAAGUGUGCCAAAGGUGUCAGCCAUUUCCCUAACAAGGGAUCUCCUUCGAAAGAAGGGUGUUGUGGGACUUUAUCAAGGCACUAGCGCAACAGCCCUUAGAGACGUUACAUUUUCUGUUAUUUACUUUCCAUUAUUCGCUAGAUUGAAUGAUAUUGGACCAAAAAGAAAAGAUGGCUCUUCUGUGUUUUGGUGGUCAUUUUUGUCUGGUUGUGCUGCUGGUUCUACAGCUGCGUUAUCGGUCAAUCCAUUUGAUGUAGUGAAAACUAGAUUGCAAGUAAUCAAAAAGGCACCUGGUGACCCCACGUACAAUGGUGUAUUGGAUUGCAUAGGUCAAACGUUGAAAAACGAGGGUGUGACGGCGUUUUUCAAAGGUGGCGCAUGUAGGAUGAUUGUGAUAGCGCCCUUAUUUGGGAUUGCACAAACCGUAUACUACCUCGGCGUCGCAGAGUGGCUUUUGAGACUUAAAUGAAUGCUCCCCCUCUACUCUUCUCUGCCGUCUGAAUACUCUGGGAUUACAGUGACAAUAACUGGCGUAUUAUAGAUGUAUUUUCGCUUAAUAUUGUUCGUUAGUUUCAGAAUGAGUGACUCCUCUUCUGAAUUGUUUUGGAAUCUUGAUUAUUGGAUGCACGAAGAUACACUGCUUCGUUAGACAGAUGAGUUCCUACUUUUAUCAGGUAUUUAUUACAAAAAGUAUAUCUUUUCCUUGCUCAUUUUUUCUUUUAUAGGGUAAUAUAAUUACUUAUAACAAAGUAUUUAAAUUUUACUAAACAAUAGGAAUUGUGGAGGAUUUGAGUUGAAUUAUUUUAAAUUUUAAGUUAGUUAAAUUAUUUUACUUUUAUAAGUAUUUAAAUUGUGUCUCUUCUAAUAAUCAAGGUUCUAUUAUGCCAUGCCGGGAUUAAUUCAACGUUAAUAAUAGUGACGUUGAUUCCGACCUAGUAUUAUAGUUGAAUGAGAAUGAAAUCCAUUAUUUACGACGAAGGUCGCUUAUUUUCAUUAUUAACGAACUAGUCAUCGUAGAUUUUGUUGUUUCAAUUUAAUUAUCUUCUAAAACCAGUGUUUCCAAAAUCUUAUUUAAUUCUUGUUGUUAUUUUAAUUUUACUAAUUUAGGAAUUUAGAAAUUUAAAGGAAUUUUAACUUAUUGAAAUUCCAAAUUUCUUAUGUAUUAGUUGAAAGAAUCAUUGAUGUAUAUUUAUUUUAAUGAAAGAUGUAAAUGUAUAUGAAUGCUAAAAAAUGCAAGGCAUGUUACAUAUCUAAAUAUACUAUUUGUAAAUAACCAUUUACAAAUAAGAAAAGGUGGAUUAAAAAUUGUUAAUGUUAUUUUAAAUUUAAAUUUUUAUAAAUAUAUUUAAAAGUGUUAUGGAAACACUGGUAAUAUAUCAUGAUAAAAGGAGCCUAUAUUUACGGACUUUUAGUUUCAUAUUCUAGCUAAUUUAGUCAUCAAGAAUUGUUACAAUUAUAAGAAUGAAAUGAUACGACAGAAUAACUCUUAAUUGAUGUGAUCAAUAAUAAAUUCAUUCCAUAUUAAUUUUAAAUUUUGUAUCUUUAUUAGUUUUAUUAAUUACAGAAAUAUUAUAAAGAUAUCGAAAUUAGUACAAAAAUUCUUUUUGAUACUUUUAUAUAUUGUUUUUUAAUUAUUAAGAUGUUUUAAAGAUAUCAGAGCAAUUAAGAGUUAAACUGUUUCCCUUUCUUUAUUCUUCCUGGGCAAUUUUGCGGGGAAAUUCUAGAUAACUUUCUUCGAAGGAAGUUCAUGUCAAUUCUGGGAACGGUUGAUUAAAAAUAUAAUAAAAAUCUUAAUGUACAUUGACAUUGUACAAAAGUGAAGUUAAUCAAUUUUUUUGGACAACGAAUUAUUAAAUUUUAUUCGUUCAAAAAAGAAAGAAAUAAUUCUUUUAAAGUUUUAUGAAUUUGCAAUAUUAGUAAUUGUAUAGAUUUAGCGUUGAAUUUAUUUUAACUAAUAUAUCCUGCAAUUAUAUUAAAGAAAGGAGAAAAAUGAUUUGCUUUGUUAAAGUAUUCAUUUAUUUAACAGGUAUUUCUGCAAAACUUUUUUUAUUAAAAUCGUAUAUACAAAAUCAGAGUGGAAAAACGAAACAAAUUUAAUAUUAUGGUUCUUAAUUAGCUCUUUUUGAAAUUUCACAUUCUUUAACACUAAUCCUUGCAUUUAGAUUUCUACAGUGUCAACUGUCCAUUUGAAGUUAAUAAAAAUCAAAAUCUUCCAUUGAUUUUUUUUCCCCCAUUAUUAAAUUACAGAUCCUUGCGCACGUUAACUGUACAGGAGGACAUUUUCCAUUAAUAGUCAAUAUUUAAUUAAUGUAACAAUUAUAGUUACCUUGCGCUGUAAUGAUGUACAGGUUUUCGAUAAAGUUCAAAGGCACUUCCUCUUUGUUCCCUGCUUCCAGCAAGAUCUAGCCCGCUCGGUUCUCUGUUAUGCCCUGGACUAGUUGGGAAACUUUGCGUUGGUCCGUUGUGUCCAUUGUUUACAACAUAUCCAUUGUGAUUCACGUUAUUUCUAUUAUGAGAGAGACCCAGGCUCAAUUGGCUGGCACUAUUACUGUGACUGUGAGUUGACAUUGGCGGGCUACAAUGCGCAUGUGUGUGGCUCAGGCUAUGAUUGUGAGCUGGUGUUGAGAGAUGGCUUAAAUUGUGAUGAGAAUUUCCAAGAUUUGAAUCAUGUCUAUUCGGUGGUGGAAUAUUGUAAUAAUACUGUCCGCUGUUGCGUUGCACGUUGUUAGUGCCUUCUGCCUAAAAGAAAAUUGACAAAACUCUUGUUUUCAUAUAUCACACCUUUUACCCUGCAGUUUCUCCUUUCAGUUUCUUUCAAAUAAUUUUUAGUUACUUACAUGAGAAGUAGCAAUAGAAUAACUCUUCGAAUGCUGGUGAGUAUUAUUCCCCUCGUUUCCAUUAUUCUCUGACUGUGCCAGGUUUGCUUGAGGUGGCCUGUAGUUUUUUGGUUUUGGAGGUGGUAUGGGUUUGUAUGAACCUCCAGGUUUAUUUUGUGGUAGUGUGAUGGAUUUGUAAUCGGUCGUGCGGCUACAAUAUAUAAAGCAAAAUAUUCUAGCUUACAGGAAACAUGAGGGAUAGUAUAAAUCAUAUUAAAAAAGAGAUAUAAGCUGCCUGCAAAAUAAUAUUUAAUGAUACAAGUAAAUAACAGAAAUUGUUAGUAUAGUACACAGAGAAUACUACAAAAUAAAUAUUCUUAUAGCAAAUAUUACUACAUGCAAGAAAAAUUAAAGAGACUAUGAAAAGGCCACGUGUGCACUUAUGCUAUUGACUUAGAGUAAAAUAAAAAUUAAAAAAAAAAAAAAAUACAAUGCAACAAAAAAAUUCAAACUAAUGUAUCACGACUGGAAAUAUAAAUUCUACAAGUUCUCCUCAGUGGUCGAGGUUUUCGUGUCAUCAGUCUAAAAUAAAAAGGACAAAGAGAAAGAAUGGAAGAUAGAUAAAAAAGUGUAUACAUUUCUGUAAUAUAUUAGUUGUUUUGAAAAUCCAUGAAAAUAUUUUUUUCCAAGUAUAAAAAUAAACUGUUAUAAAAGUUUUACAAUAGAUCUUUUUAACCAAAUGCACUAUAUUUGUGUUACUGAAAGCUAGUUUCCCAUCACCUCAAAAAUACUAUAGCAAAUACAUACCUGUAUUUGGCAUAAUCGGUACGUGGUUGGGUCUCGUGGCUAGGAAUCGGUUGUGCUGUUGAUCUGGUGAAUCUGUAAGGAUCAUGCGACCUCGGUGGUGCACCACUGCUUUUUAAAUCGUCCGGUACAUUAGGACCUAAUCUUCCAGUAGAUGUACUUAAACUUGGUGCUCCAUAACUAGCAUUUCCAUUUGUAUUAUUAUAGGAAUCAUAUGAAGACAUGCUAUCAUAGCUUCCCUAUACAAAUACAUAUAAAAAAAUCAAUAACAUUUGUGUAAUAAUUAAUAUAAAAUGAUUUUAAGUAAUUCAUACCGCUUUUGGCUGAGCUCUUUCAAGCGAUGACGUGGCAUUAGCUUUAUGAGGUGUUGCAUUUAUGUAAUUUGCUACAUCCAAAACGGAAUCGGUUUUAUUGAGCAAUCUUUCUUGAGCAGAUCUUCCAAUAGUAUUUCUCUGUUGUUGUUGUUGUUGCUGUUGUUGAUUGCUUGGCUUUGCAUUACGGUCCACUCUUGGAGGUAAAUCGGGAGGACUAUGAUGAGAGGAUCUGGGUUCAAAGGAGCCACCUAGAUAUUCUGGUGAUCCUGACUGAUUGCUAACUUGUCCUGACAAGGAGAAUCCGUAUUUUCCAUCUCCCAUUCCUCCUUGUGAUCUUCUUUUUGGUUGCUCAAAUGAUUGCUGGAGAAAUAAAUAUUUGUGUUAUGUUGUAAAUCAUAGUUACAUCAACGAGUAUUUGAUUAAUUGAAUUAAAUUAGGUUUACCUGAUAAGUUGUUGAAUACGGUGGUGGUGCAGCAAUGUCAUCUUGCGUUGCAAUACUUGGGUCAGAGCUGCUUUUCAAUCUAGAGGGUGCACCCAGAGCACCCGGUAAAGCUGGUGCCGGACUGAGUUCCAAGUCACUCUCCGGAGAGGAAGCAUAGGAGAGGCGAGAUGUCAUCGGGAAUAGGAAGUCAUCCGAGAGUGCUUCUUCCGGCUAUCAUCGCAGGACACAGAGGACGACACAUUACAGUGGUUUAUGCUCUAUUUAACCCUUUCAGAAUUUCCCUCUUAAUACCACAGUGUAAAAAUGUUUUAUAAAGAAUUUAAAUUUUGUAGAACAUUUGCAAAUACUUUAUACAUAAAUAAUGUUCAUCUGAAAGGGUUAAAAUUCAAACAAAGAACAAAUACUUGCCAUUUGGUUAAGCUUAAUUCUUAAAAUCAGUUAAGGUAUUUUCAAGAUUACAGGAUCUGAUUUAUGAAAUGUUUCUAAUCUUCCCAAUUGAAAAUAUUUGAUUUAUCGUUGAAUUUAUUGGGAAAAUUAAAAAAUUCUUGACGAUUACUCAGCUUAGGAGAACCCAGGUGUAACAGCAAAGACAUACAAUACCACCAAACAUUCCGUUAGUUUUGCAAAUAAAAAUGAAGGAUGAAUGAUGAACAGCAUUUCUAUGAAAUUAAUUUGAUUGAAAGAUCUCGUCAAAUUUAGUGUAUUAUUUAUUCAAUAACAUACAGAUUCUCCACUCUGUUUUUGUAAAAAUUUCUUAUUAAAAGAAAUUUGUUGUGAAAUUUUUAGAAGGAUAAUACAUUAAGUUCUGUCAACAGAUGAAGUGAGAAAUUAGAAUCUUAUUAAUCAUAUUGCAAUCGUUUAUUCCUCGUGAUUUCCCCAUUGAAUCUAUCACUAAAAAAAAAGAAGUUUAUUUUAAAGUCGUCUCUUUUAUACAUGUAAAAAAUUAUAAAAUUUUCUUCUUGGCCAUACUGACUAGUAUUUAAAUACUUAUAGGGUAUUAAACAUAUUAUGAGAUUAUUUGCCUUACAAUGUACAAUAAUAUAUAACAAAGCUAUGGAAUAAUGUAGCCAUGCAAAUUAAAUUAAACAAUAAUAUAUAAGGUGUCUCGAAUAUCUCAAGCAUUUUCUUUCAACUUAAAAUGUUAAAAACAGUAAAUUAAAAUUGAUUGAUUGAUAUUUACGUUAACUAGAAUUAUCAGAAAACUUGUAUAAUAAGAACUGAAAAAAAAAAGAAUCUUUCAUAUUAUAAAUUGUUACAAAAAUGCUUUGGAAAACUAGCGAUAAAUCUACUAACUUGAAACAUGAUAAUCAAGACACCUAAUUAGGAAAAGCAGGAUUUAUAUGUAGCCGAAAAAUUGCUCACGGACAACGUCAGAAGUUAAAGACGGAUAAGAAGGUAAUGAAAACAAUUUGUCCGUGUGAUAUGUAUCAUUUUCGUUCACGUCAUGGUACACGAUUUCUUUUGAAAUCGGCGGGGGUAGAGGAAGGGGAGGUAAAUCACGAGGUUCACCGGACGAAUGACAUGGCUCCCACAUCAUUUGUCGACCAUAUGGCUAUAAUAAAUUAUUAUAAAAUAAUUCUAUCAACUUUCCAGAAGCAGAACUUCCAUUAUUUUUCUGAUAUUUCAUCCCCAAUGUUUAAUUUGAAGAAAAGAAGAAUGAAUUUAUUGAAAAUCGUACUGUGCAGAGUUAGCAUUAAAAAUAUUAUUACAGGGUUAAAAAAUAUUACCUUAGUUUGACUCAUCCAAAGUAAUCCCUGUUGUUGUCUAUCGAUCAAUUCUCUCAAUUUCCUAUACCAAGCUUCCGGUGUGGUUAAGGUAAUCACUGCGCUGAAGAUAUGGCCCCAAAUUUUAUCUAACUUCUGACAUUGUUCCAGGAGCUUUUUACUGCUUUUAUGCGCCGAUCUGGACAAAAAUUCAGAUUCUUUUUAUUCACAGAAUUGAAAAUAUAUAUUAAAAUUACUUACUUAGGAAUUCCGGCACGCAUCUCCUUAAUAAUUUGUUUAGUUUCAGCUUUCAGAAAAAUAACUAUAGGGUAGAAUUGCGCGUAGUUCAAUCUAUCCACAGCAUUUGGAGUAAUAUCUAAUAAGGCAUGCUUCCCUCUAUCCAUCACUUCUCUAAUAGCACUCAGUCGAAUGAUCCCUGAUGACUUCGUGUUCUUCCCAACGUUAUCAUCCAACUGGUUUUCCAUUUCUGCAAGAAGAUAAAUAUUUUUUUAAGUUUAACAAUUUAAUAUCUGCUAAAGGUUUAUGUACUCACGCGGCGAUGUGAAUUUAUCAGGAAAGUCUUUUAAGAGUUUUUCUCUAGCCAGGUCUGCAACAGGACCAAAUAAUACAACGGGUCUGACAAAACCAGGAUGUCUUAGAAUGACUCUUUCAUAGGCUGGAAAUUUGCUAACGCUGUCAGAAAACACUACGUCAUCCCAGUGGUCCUGGAAGACAAUAUAAAAUAAUUUUAAUGGUUAUCGAAAUCAAGAAUCAGAGCUGUCCCUAGAGAUAGUGAAGCCAAGGGGCAAAUAUUUAAUUAGAAAUGACUGUCAAUACCUAAUUCGAUUAACUUUUAUCAAACGCUUUAUCAAGUGUCCCGUUUGCCUAGUGCUAGCUAGGGACGAACCUGUUAAGAAUCAUUGUUUUAUAUGAUAAUUGGUGAAACCUACUCUUCCAAGAGAUUUCGAACGCCUAUGACUGCUUCUUCUUCUCCUAAAGAAGCUACCCCUGCUUUCACUGGCACUCAUUUCCUUCUUUGUAGCAUUGAAUUGUGCAGUUGCUAGUUCUUCGGCUCGGGCUUUAUUCGGUAUUAUUCCUUUCUGUACUUCCUGAUUGUUCCUACCAAUACGGAACACUUGCCACGAACCGACCACACCAUUGUGUAAAGUAUCCACUACAUGAAAUACAUCUCCGCUGCGAAAACUCAUUUCACCUUUUUGUGGUUGUUCAUAAUGAAAGUGAGUUCUGUAACAUCGAAUGAACAUAAGAGGAUGCCUUUUAAGUAAUUACAUACACUUUAUGUUAUUUAGAAGAUGCUUACUUUACAUGAAAAGAAUCACCCUUUCCAGAUGCUACUACUUGAUCAUAUUCUUGUCGUCGAUGUUGAACUAUUAAGUCAAUUUGUUCUUGAAGACUGAGUAAGAAAAGAACGGCUUCUUCUCUUGUUACUCCUUUCAUAUCCAUAUCAUUUAUCUGAAAUUGUUAAUAGAUGCGUUUAAUUUUAAGUUCUCAUUUAUUGUUCUUGAAAGAGGAUUACCUUUAAAAUUUUAUCUCCAGGUUGUAAGCCUUGUAGAGAAGCUGGACUUCCUGCUUGAACCGCUGUCACAAAAACACCAGUCUCAUUUCCACCACUUAGGCGAACGCCUACUGAUCCUUCUUUUUGGAAGGUAAUGAACCGAGGAUCUGGCCUGAGAAUAUUAAGAAUUAUCAUCAAUUCUUAAAACAGAAGUUAUUAAUUAACAUUUUUAUAUUAAAAAAUAUAACUUACAUUGGAAGUUUAUUCCUAGAUAAAUCAUCAUCAUAGAGCUGUCUCCUUGUGCUAUAAUAAUCUGAAACAGGUGGUGGUGGUCUAGGAGGAUCCACAGUUGGAGUAGCAGGAAGAUCCAAUUGACUAAGAGAAACGUCCAUUAAUGGUCCCCUGGCUCGACCCCUAGGAACAAGAUUACUCUUGUCCUCUAUGGGCUGUCUCGUUGGAGGUGGAA